CAACAUUGCUCUCUUGCUCCAAUCACUUUUCUUCUGCAUUUCUUCAGGGCUCACAAUUCUCACGUAACUCACGCAUUGCCUCUUGGAGCUCCUUGGACAUCGCGCAUUGCAGCUUCAAGCGCAAUUGACCAUGCCCCCCAAACCGCCCGCCCUCGAUGUCUCCCCAACCCAUCUCGUCGCUACGCUCUUCUACAAGUCCGACUCCCCACACUUCUUCCCGCAUCCAGACCUCUCCCCGCGCAGCCCAUACGAUGCUAUCCCCUCGGCGUCGCUCGAUUCGCUCAAGGACGGCGCCGUACCCACCGAAAACCUCGAAGACUACCCCCUCGAGCCGCCAACACCAGGACCCAAUGCCCUCGACAACCUCUACGGAAGCUAUAUCAGCCAAAGCUGUCUUACCGACUUCUUCAUUACACUCGCGAACAUAAUACCCGGGCUUGAGCAGGGCACCAUAACGAGCAAGAGACUAGAAACAAGCAAGUUCUGCAGAGUGGUCGAGGUCACAUUCCCCUUACCGAGCGCAUCGGCCGUUGCCCUCGAGACACUACGACGAGAUGAAGCAGUUUCGAGGUACGAGCGCGAAUGGAACGUCGAAUGCGUGUUCCAGGCCGAUACCAUAUACCGGAGGUACAAGCGGCUCGCCGUCUUCGACAUGGACAGCACCCUGAUACAGCAGGAGGUUAUAGACGAGAUCGCAUCGCACAUUGGUGUGGAAAAGGAAGUCUCUUCCAUAACUGCCGCGGCAAUGAAUGGCGAGCUAGACUUUGAGGCGAGUCUGCGGGCACGAUGCAAGUUGUUGAAGGGUGUGCCGAGCAGCGUCUUCGAGACGCUGAAGCCGCGGAUUACCCUGAACCAAGGUGUAAAGGAGCUGAUUAUCGCUCUGAAGAGACUAGGCUUCAAGACUGCCGUGCUGAGCGGCGGCUUCACGCCCUUGACAGGCUGGAUGGGCGCACAACUCGGACUGGACUAUGCAUUCGCGAACCACCUCGUCGUUUCCGAAGACGGAACCACACUCACUGGCGAACUUACCGGCGAGAUUGUACACGCGCAGAAGAAACGCCAACACGUCUUGGAAAUUGCCGAAAAAGAGGGCAUUUUGCUGGACCAGGUCAUCUGCGUUGGAGAUGGCGCAAAUGACCUUCCAAUGAUGAGCGUAGCAGGCCUUGGAGUGGCCUUCCACGCAAAGCCAAACGUGCAGAUGCAGGCCCCUGCACGCCUGAACUCGAAGAGUAUGCUGGACAUACUCUAUCUGUUGGGAAUCAGCAAGGAUGAGCAAGAGGCGCUUUUGCGGUAGCUGUAGUUAACAGGAAGUGGAAAAGCGCAUUAUAUACCCUUACCUGAGCAUGAUUCUACAUGCCUCCAGUUCACCAAAUACCAAAGUCGAACUUAACUGAAACCAUCACACAUCAAUGCCAUAUACAAGUCAAUCAAGAGCUGGAACCCCUGGGCAUCAGAGUCGUAGUCAAUCCCUAAACGCAUUCUAGCUUAAUGAAACAACGCGGUCAUGCAUACGACAGCCCUCGACUUCUAAACAUACUCCGCUACUAGAUAGCAGCAUAUAAAUCUCUAAUACCUAGAUCUCCAAUACUCAAUGAGAUUCACGCGUUUGUAUAUUACAUCCCGCCGGCGUAGUAUUCAU